CGCGUCCCCACCACGCCCCUGCAGCCUGCUCGGAGGGCUGAGCGCGGGGGCUCCAUGCGCUGAGCUCCGGGGAGGAGCGCGUGGACUGGCGGCCGGCGAGCGCCGGGACAAUGGCCCUGACCCUGUUUGAUACAGAUGAAUAUAGACCACCUGUUUGGAAAUCAUACUUAUAUCAGCUGCAACAGGAAGCUCCCCAUCCUCGAAGAGUCACCUGUGCUAAUGAGGUGGAAAAUAGACCAAAAUAUUACGGAAGAGAGUUUCAUGGCAUGAUUUCCCGAGAAGCAGCGGACCAGCUGUUGAGUGUAGCUGAGGGGAGCUACCUCAUUCGGGAAAGCCAGCGUCAGCCAGGGACCUACACUUUGGCUUUAAGAUUUGGAAGUCAAACCAGAAACUUCAGGCUCUACUACGAUGGAAAACACUUUGUUGGGGAGAAGCGCUUUGAGUCCAUCCAUGAUCUGGUGACUGAUGGAUUGAUUACUCUCUAUAUUGAAACCAAGGCAGCUGAAUACAUUGCCAAGAUGACGAUAAACCCAAUUUAUGAGCACAUAGGAUACACAACCUUAAACAGAGAGCCAGCAUACCAAAAACAUAUGGCAGUCCUGAAAGAAACACAUGAUGAGAGAGAUUCUACAGGCCAGGAUGGGGUAACAGAGAAAAGGUUGACAUCACUUGUUAGAAGAGCAACUCUGAAAGAAAACGAGCAAAUUCCAAAAUAUGAGAAGGUUCACAAUUUCAAGGUCCAUACGUUCAGAGGACCACACUGGUGUGAAUACUGUGCCAACUUUAUGUGGGGCCUCAUUGCUCAGGGAGUCAAAUGUGCAGAUUGUGGCCUGAAUGUUCAUAAGCAGUGUUCCAAGAUGGUCCCAAAUGACUGUAAGCCUGACUUGAAACAUGUCAAGAAAGUGUAUAGCUGUGACCUUACAACUCUGGUGAAAGCCCAUAUCACUAAGCGGCCAAUGGUGGUGGACAUGUGUAUCAGGGAAAUUGAAUCUAGAGGUCUUAAUUCCGAAGGACUAUACCGAGUAUCGGGAUUUAGUGACCUGAUUGAAGAUGUCAAGAUGGCUUUCGACAGAGAUGGUGAAAAAGCAGACAUUUCUGUCAACAUGUAUGAAGACAUCAACAUCAUCACUGGAGCGUUGAAACUAUACUUCAGGGAUUUGCCAAUCCCUCUCAUCACGUAUGACGCCUACCCUAAGUUUAUCGAGUCUGCCAAAAUCAUGGAUCCCGACGAGCAACUAGAAACACUUCAUGAAGCCUUGAAACUGCUGCCACCUGCUCACUGCGAAACCCUCCGGUACCUCAUGGCUCAUCUAAAGAGAGUGACUCUCCAUGAAAAGGAGAAUCUCAUGAAUGCAGAGAACCUUGGAAUUGUGUUUGGCCCAACCCUCAUGAGAUCUCCGGAACUCGACGCCAUGGCUGCGCUGAACGAUAUCAGAUAUCAGAGACUGGUGGUAGAGCUGCUUAUCAAAAAUGAAGACAUUUUAUUUUAAAUGCUGAGUUUGAGGGGGAAAACAUGUUUUACAGAUGAAGGAAUGUUUUAUAGUAAUUUAAUGGGCUCUUCUAGCUGACUUAUUUCUUGGUUAGAGGUUUGGGCAUAUAACCAGAUGAAAAUGCAGGCGCUUUCUGUUUUUGUUUGUUUUAUUUUGUUUUGUUUUGUUUUUGUAGCACGGCUCAGCUGUCCUUGUACAACAGUGAACACACACUUUCCAGUUCUAGUUUCCUGGGUAUUUAUCAUGUUAAGAGAAAUUCGAGCUACUGCAUGAUUGCCCCCUUGUUUGGCACGAGAACCCCAUGCAGAGACGACGACAAGCCUGCACCGCCGCUUCAUCCUGGGUAGUCUGUGGUUGUGAUUCAGCAUGUUUGCAGAGUAAAUCUGUUGUGACUUCUCUUUUGGGUUCAAUGUCAUUGGUUUCUGAUGCUUAUAAAACAUGCAACACAAUAGAGAAAACAGCACUGCUGACGACUAUAUUACCAUAGAUGUUAACAUAUGCCUAUUUUUCUCAAAUGCUUAAUUUCUGUUUCUCUCAGUUCUCCUCUAACAUAAUACUUUUCCAGCAAAAGCGAAUUGUGUUUUCUGCCUUGUUACCUUAGUAGAUCAUCCACACCAAUAAAAAGUACAGCGCAGAGCA